GGGCCGCCUCUGCCGCCUCCCCGCGCGCGCACGCCGCCCUCCUGCCCGCGGCGGCCCCGCGCCCUCCGCAGCUUUGCCCAUCGCGCCGCGCAGGCAGCCGCUCGCCGAGCCCGCGGCCGGGGCCCUGGCGUGCAGCUCGGGCCUCGGCGGGGCCCAGCGCCCCGGCCCGGGAGGAUGCGGCCCAGGGCGGCCCGGGAGCUGAGCAGGGCCCCCGCGCCGGCCCCCGCGGGCCCCGGACUCCAGAGCCGCAGCAGCCGCCCCGCCCACGAGAGACAUGACUUCCAAGCCGCAUUCCGACUGGAUUCCCUACAGUGUCUUAGAUGAUGAGGGCAGCAACCUGAGGCAGCAGAAGCUUGACCGGCAGCGGGCACUGCUGGAGCAGAAGCAGAAGAAGAAGCGCCAGGAGCCCCUGAUGGUGCAGGCCAAUGCCGACGGGCGGCCCCGGAGCCGGCGGGCCCGGCAGUCGGAAGAGCAGGCCCCCCUGGUGGAGUCCUACCUCAGCAGCAGCGGCAGCACCAGCUACCAAGUUCAAGAGGCUGACUCACUUGCCAGUGUGCAGCUUGGAGCUGCCCACCCAACAGCACCAGCCUCAGCCAAGAGAACCAAGGCAGCAGCCGCAGCGGGGGGCCAGGGUGGGGCCUCUAGGAAGGAGAAGAAGGGGAAGCACAAAGGCACCAGCGGGCCAGCAGCACUGGCAGAAGACAAGUCUGAGGCCCGAGACCCGGUGCAGAUCCUGACUGUGGGCCAGUCGGACCACGCCCAGGACGCCGGGGAAACAGCAGCUGGUGGGGGCGCACAGCCCAGCGGGCAGGAUCUCCGUGCCAAGAUGCAGAGAAAGGGCGUCUCCAGCAGCAUGAGCUUUGAAGAGGAAGAGGAAGAUGAGGACGAGAACAGCUCCAGCUCCUCCCAGCUAAACAGCAACACCCGCCCCAGCUCUGCUACUAGCAGGAAGUCCAUCAAGGAGGCAGCCUCAGCCCCCAGCCCGACAGCCCCAGAGCCUUCGGUGGAUGUUGAGGUCCAGGAUCUGGAGGAGUUUGCACUGAGACCAGCCCCCCAGGGUAUCACCAUCAAGUGCCGCAUCACGCGGGACAAGAAGGGGAUGGACCGGGGCAUGUACCCCACCUACUUUCUGCAUCUGGACCGCGAGGAUGGGAAGAAGGUGUUCCUCCUGGCUGGAAGGAAGAGAAAGAAGAGUAAAACUUCCAAUUACCUCAUCUCCGUGGACCCAACAGACUUGUCUCGAGGCGGGGACAGCUACAUCGGGAAACUGCGGUCCAACCUCAUGGGCACUAAGUUCACCGUUUACGACAACGGAGUCAACCCUCAGAAGGCAUCAUCCUCUACUUUGGAAAGCGGAACCUUGCGUCAGGAACUGGCAGCUGUGUGCUACGAGACAAAUGUCUUAGGUUUCAAGGGGCCACGGAAGAUGAGUGUGAUUGUCCCAGGCAUGAACAUGGUUCACGAGAGAGUCUCCAUCCGGCCCCGCAACGAGCAUGAGACGCUGCUAGCACGCUGGCAGAAUAAAAACACGGAGAGUAUCAUCGAGCUGCAAAACAAGACGCCUGUCUGGAAUGACGACACACAGUCCUACGUACUCAACUUCCAUGGGCGCGUCACACAGGCCUCCGUGAAGAACUUCCAGAUCAUCCAUGGCAAUGACCCGGACUACAUCGUGAUGCAGUUUGGCCGGGUAGCAGAGGAUGUGUUCACCAUGGAUUACAACUACCCACUGUGUGCGCUGCAGGCCUUCGCCAUCGCCCUGUCCAGCUUUGACAGCAAGCUGGCCUGCGAAUAGAGGCCUCCUUGUACCCUUUGGGGUUCCCAGCCUGGAGAGGAGCUGCCUGCCCGCCUGUGGAGACAGCCCCGCCUACCCUCUGUACAUAGGCCUCCUGCCAGAUGAACCUUUGGCUCUCAGUGGGCUCCUUGGCCAAGCCAGCCAAGAACUGGCUCCUCUGCCUCCACUGCUGAGGCAGAGGAGUGGGGGAUGUGUGUGAAGGGACCAGAGUGAAUUCUUUCUGUGCUCCAAGAUCAGCACACACCCCUACUUGUGGGUUAGUAUCCUCUGCAAUCGUGUUUGCCAACUGGGCAGCCUCUUCAGCUGGGAAGGCAGGAAGAGGUGUAGAGGGAGAGGAAGCACAACGCAGGGCUGCUGGGGCCCAGCCAGCCAUACAUUCAGCCCAGGAGUCAGAUGACAACGGUCCCCAACAGCAAAGGACACAUGAGUGUGUGUGUUAGAGCGUGUGUAGGGCACACUGACUUUACAUAGCAAAGGGCCUGGUAGCCAAGCCGGGCCCUUAAAACUGCAGUCCUCGGACUUGAGAAGGCCUCAGCCAGGCCUGGGAGAAGUGACGGGUUGGGGCAAGGUGAGUGGUGAGACCUUGUCAGGAUUGCAUGGGCCUGGCUCUGGCUGUGGGAAGUGGCUGGUGGCCUGGGGUUCUAGCUCAUUUGAUUUCUCUAGGCUUUCUCUGUGCAGAGGCAGCAGGAGGAGGCCCUCAAGGCCAGAUGUCUUAGAGGAUGGGGCAUACAGGACACAGGCUCAGCAGGCGGGAGGUGCCUGGAACAGGCUCCCUGGAUCAGGCCUGUCCUGGGAGCCCUGUCAGCUGCCCCAGGAGCUCUCUGCUGAGCAGCGCCUGCACAACCCCCAGGAAUGUGGACGGGGCCUAGGUCACCAGCCCCAGACUGUACACAGGUAGGCAUGCCUGGGGCUCUGGCUGGCAGGGCACCAUUCCUGAGCCCUGGCAUGCUCCAGAAGCACUUCCAGCUCCAGGUGCUCUUGCCUGUACUUCAGCUCCCACUGAGUCAGCCUAGGUCGCAGUUGCUGAGGGCUUCCGUGUGUGGUUCUUCUUGGGUGGGAAUGGGACAGGGUGAGGAGAGCAGGGAGUAUUUUAGAACCACAAGAAAUCAGAGGUGGCGGGACCCUUAGAGAUCAACUAGUACAAACCUGUCACUUUAGGUAAAACACACUCAGAAAAUGGGACUUGCCGUGGGCCACCUGGCUGGUUAGUGGGAGAGUUCAGAACUUUAGCUCCCUUGAUUUCUUUGUUCCCGGCAGCCCCUUAGAAAUUGCUGUCUCUUGCUCUCUGGCCUUUCUGGGGCCCAGUCUGCAUGCCCUUUCCCUUUCGCCUGAUUUCAGAGACUUAGAAAUGUCCGCGUUAUGUAUGAAGUUUGAAACCAUUUCAGUAGGAAGUUGGGCAGUUCCUGCUGCUGAAAGCUGUCUGGCUUUGUGCACGUCCAGCUGGUCAGGACUGGCCUGCGUCUGGCUCCUCCCUGCAAGCAGGCUUAGUAAGGCUGCUGCCCAUUUCUCUAUCUAGGUGUGAUAGGUGGGUGUGAGUCCGGGGCUGGGCCUGGUCUCUCCCUCACCACCAUCCUUCUUGGAUGGCACCAUCUACCCUGAAGACUCGGGAACUCUAAGCUCUUGCCUAUUAGUCAUUUACCCUGGCAGAGACUACUUGCCCAGAUGGAGAUCAGAAUCAGUGAGAAGGAAGCAGGAGUUGUUCCUCACUUCAGAGUAGAUGUGCUUGGAAAGGCUACAUAGAAAUUGAAUUUUUAAAAAAUAAAAGUCAUACUUCAAACAUGUUAGGCUCCGGAGUAAGGUGAAGGAGUUGUUCUGACCUAAGUCAAGUAGCACGCUCUCCUUUCCUUGUAAUUGAUUUUCCUAUGUUGAGUGCUUAAAGCAAGGCAGACCUGUUCUAGCACAGAUCUGCCCACACCUUGGGCAUCCAUCUCUGUGAGAGGCCCCUCCAAAGAUCUUGUUUUGGUUAACAUGGUCUAGUUUCUAGACAGCUCUUGACUUCGGGCGAUUUGGGGGCACUAGAACUUUUUGUACUGCAGCUGGUCCACUUUCCAGUGACGUACUGUGGUGCCAUCUUCCUUUCCAUGGUCCCAGUUUGGCUCUUCCUUUCCUGACUUUGAGAAGAGACCUGCUGACAUUUAGGAUGAUGGAAACUAGACGAUCUCUUUUAAAGUCUGGUCAAGCUAUUUCUCUGCAUCUAUGAUUUUAAGGUGGAACAGGCUGAUUUUGGAUCCUGGUGGCAGAGUGGAAAAAUCAGAAGCACAAUGGAAAACUCGUGUCCCCUCCUUUCUCCUGUGGUACACAGGAGAGGGGGGGUUGGCUGCAUAUUUUGGAACGGUCAGGAACGUGGGCUGAGCUUUCUAGUCUAGGCGUGGAGAAGGUCAGCUCAGCAACAAAAAACCUUCUGUUGGGCACUGAGUGACAAGUAAGAGCAGGUGAGUCAUCUGCUCAAGACCCAGCCUCAAAAGGUCUGUUUUUAAGAUCCCAUUCCUGGUGAUGCUGGUUUUCCUUGACCUCUGGCCUCAGAGCCAUGGGCCCAAAGACUCAUGAAGCUGCCAGGGCCCCUGGAGACCACCUGGGCUCAGCCUCUCCCACAGUAAGAGUUCUUGCCCUUCACACCCUCUACCCAAAUGGUCCUUGGUUGGGCAGGGAACUUGAUGAUGGAAUGAGCAGCCUCUAAGGGUGUCGGGCAGCUGGGACCUUAGGCAGCUCCUCUGUAAUCGCUCCUGGCUCUGUAACAACUCUUGGGGCCACACCCCAAAACUCGACACCCUCUGCCCCAAAACAGUUCUUUUGCAGAGUGGUGAAGCUCACUUGCCCAACUCUUCUCCAGUUCUAGCUUUUCUUUCCUUCUGGCUCCAAGGUGCUCUGUGUCUAUCUGUUGUGUCUCUGUGUCUUUGUAUGUAUUUGGGGAAAAGGGCAAUCUGGAAACAAUCAACUGAGGUUUCUUAUUACGAUCCUAUUUCUAAGGAUGAGUAGGAAAGGAGUAAGGAUGUAGUUGUGAUCACCUGUGGAUUUUGUUCAUUCAUUUCAUGCUCUUUGAUCAGAAAGUAUCCCUGGGGAAGUACCAGCUCUAUCUCUCAAGGUUCUGAUUGGGAGGACACCAUCCAGGAAAAUUGGUAGUUUUUCAGUUCCCAUUCUGCAUUACCUGAAGAAAUUGGUGUUUUGCAUGCAUGCUUUUGGAUGAAUUUGAACAUAUUCUAGUGAAUGUGCCUUAAAAAAUCAUGACACUAGUUCAGAAGGAGUGUGUAAGGUUCAGACCAUGCUGAGGACAGGGAUUGAAGCCAGAGAGUGUGACAAUCACAGGUUAGACGAGAACCUUUGGAGCCGCCUCCUUCAGUGACAAGAAGGGUAACAAUGUUGUAGAAGCUUCAAGCUAGAAAGAGCGGGGCAUUUACCUCUAAAUAAAUUCACCAUUUAUUUAGAAGCAGUUCUAAAUUUAACAAGCAACAGUGAUUUCAAACCAAGAGGUCCACCCUUUCCUCACUGCAGACCCCGCCGUGAGGGGAGGUGCUGGGCCAGCUGUGUCUGUGCUCUGUUAUGCAGGCACAAAUCCCAUCUCCUAGAUGGAAUCCCUGGUUCUCCCUUCUGAAGGCGCUAACACUGGCCUUCCCCUCUCUUAAUUCCUCGUCCCAGUCGAGAUAUUCCUGUGACCUCAGGAUGCCAGGUGGCCCUCAGAGCACACUUUUCCAGAUAGCUGAGUGAGUGCUUUCAUGUGGUGCCCGCACUGAGUGGGGCCUGACUCCCCUGCACAUAGGGCCCAGAGUUGGGACCCUUCACUGCCCUGGGCCCUGGCUUGUAGAACUAGAGCAGCCCCCAGGAACAGCCCAAGGGACAGGCUCUUGUUUGAGUUUACUGGCCACCUGUUUGCAACGUUCUGUCAUCUCAGGAUAUGGGGGAGAGGCAGAGCAGAAGUACUGGGACGGGUUUGGGUUUUGAAUUUUUCAAACAAGUUGAGAGGCAAGUUGGUCUUAUGGAAAGCACUACUGCACUUAGUAGCUACGUGACUGAGCAAAUCACGUAAUUUUUCUAGGUCUGUUUUUCAUACAAAAUGAGGUUGGACUGCCAAAGCUUUGCAGUAGGAUUCAGGGUGAAUGAAAGUUGAUCCUUGCUUUCAUCACUACCUUUUCUAGCUCAUCACUGUGCCUUUCUUCUUUCCUAAGAAAGACGUCACACCCCUCCCCUCUUCUGUUCCACUGUCCCUCCCCAUUCCCGCAUCAAGGUCCAGGCAGAGCUGGAGAUAGGCUGAGAUCCAGAGUUUUCCUAGAGAGUAACUUAGAGUGGCUGAGAAAGGGAAGCCCGACUCUGGCCUCUUUAAUCCUGCACUUGGUGACAAAGGGGACUUGGUCAGGACGGGUGACACUUAUCUUGCUGGGAGCAUACAUUUAGCCAGUUUUCAUAAUGCCUAGAAUGUGUAUGUCUAUUUGCACAAGAUUGUCUUUUCCUAUUUUGGAGUGGUCAGACAUUUUAUUUUUGUUCGAAAUUAUCUGGAGUUUUAGACGAACUUGCAAAACUGUGCUUUUAUUAAGUGACUUUUUUGAAUAAACUCUUUGGUAUUCUGGAGCAAAUGUAUUUAUUUACUCGUAUGUGCAAUGACAAAGUUGGUAUUUUCCCAUGUUGACAUUAUGUAUGUUGUAGAACUUAGUGUUUGUCUAAGUACAGACCAUAUAUCAACUAAUUAAACUUGAACUGUUUCAACACU